UGGAGGGGUGAGUCUCCUGCCCCCUCACCGCUGCUGGCCGCUGAGCUGCGAGGCGGCAUUUUGGGGACAAUGCCUUGCUGAACUCACAAGAUAACUCUGAGGACUAUGGACUUGGUUUAUUUCUCACUUCAGUCGGGAAAGCUAACAUUGAUAGCAGUUGGUGAAAGAGGCAGCCUUAUUUUCAUAGGUUUUUAAUGCAGUCUGAGUCAAAGAAGUAUGAAGAGGAGACGCCUUCUCUGUACUGGGGGCUGGAUCCUGUAUUUUCUGCAUUUGCAAGACUCUAUAUUAAAGAUAUAAAAGAAAUGAGAGAAUCUAAACAAGUGCCAGGUGUAUUCUUUUAUAACGGACAUCCGGUGAGACAGGUGGAUGUUGUCGGGGUGGUGGUUCAAAUGACAGAGAGAGAGGCCUUUUAUAAUUAUGGAGUGGAUGAUAGUACUGGAGUUAUAAGUUGUGUCUGCUGGAAAAAUCCUAUGGUAGCAGAAACAUCUUUAUCAGGUUGUCCAAGCACACCCAUCAGUCUUACUGUGCUUGAACAGAUGAAGAAACUCCGAGAAAUGGUGAGCCAGAAAACCAAGCUAGAGAUUGGGGAUGUUGUCAGGAUCAGAGGUCACAUCCGAAUCUACAGAGAACAGAGAGAAAUUCAGGCUUCGUGUUUUUAUAAAGUGGAUGAUCCUGUGUGUGAUGUUCAGAUUUCAAGAAUGCUGGAGCUCCCCUGUCUCUAUAGAGAAGUUUAUGAUAAACCUUUCCAAAGCCCUGACGAGAGACAGAGUGGCCUGGAGGGUCAGAGUUUCUCAGUCGAUACGCUACAUGAGAAAGUGAAAGACUUUCUACUAGAAAACAAAAUUCAGACUUUUUACCAACAGGAGCUGGAAGCAAUUGAUACUCUGGUGUCACUGGCUGGUGUGCAUACGCCCAGUCCCAGCUGUCAGGAGGUGAAGUCAAAGAGUGACUCUAGUUCCAAAAGGAUUCACAGUGUUUUCAAGGAAGCAAUAAGGAUGCUGCAAGAAAAAGGAGUGGUUUUCCAGAAACCUGGUAGCUCCAAGGACUUAUACUAUGUGACUGACCAUGAAAAGGAGCUGCUUAAAGUGACACUUGAUGUGGUUAAAGAAGACUGUCGAAAACCCAGACAUGCUGAAAAAGGCUGCCAUUUCCUUCAUAUCCUGAAUUGUGUUCGGCAGAGCUACAACCCCUCUCUGGCUGAAGUGGUGAUGCACCGUGUCCUGGAACUGCUGGAGAGUAACAGUGAUGUUGUCAGUACUAUGGAAGGAUAUUAUGUGGCAUUUUAAAGAGACAAGAUACAGUUUUUCUGGUCCAUUCAGGAUAAAGGAAGGAAGAAGAAGUUGAGUAGAUGGGGACGAGGAGAACAAAAAGAAGAGUGUUCUUAUUCUCCAAAUGCUUUUUUGGUUUUUUUGUCCUGUUCCAGAGGAGUUGUCAAAAUACUUGUUUUAAUAUUCUUGCUGACUUUCUCACUGUUCCUAGUGAAAGCUGUAUUAAACUGAUUAUGGACAUCCUAAUACACAACAGGGGAGCUGGAAAAGAAGCUGGACGCUUUCCCUGCAGUAAGAUGUGACAAUGCCAUCCUCACAUUUACAUCCAGUGAGCCCUAAAGAAAAGUUACUGCUAAAGAGUGCUAUUUACGGCAGUGGUCACGCCAGGACUUGUUCCUCUGGCUUGAAGACUGAUCUCAUGAUCUUUCCAAAUAGUAAUAGGUGUGGAUCUUUCUUCCUAUGUCUACUUUAUAAUAGCUAGAGAAAGGACAUGGAUUUGCCUGUGCUUCUUGGCAGUGUUAGUGUGCUCAUGUCUAUAAACAUGCUUUCCCACUGCUACAGCAGUUCUCACCUUUCUCGCAAAGGUUAUAUUCAGGAAUGGGGUUCUGCAUCCCUUCUCUGUCCUGAGAUCUUGCCCAUUGCUUGUCAAGCGUGUCUGAAUUCCCCUGGCUACCAUGUGUGCUACUGAUCCCUGUUGUUGUGGAGACUUUUCAGACCAGAACUCUCAAAAUCUGUCUCUUUUUUGCUCUCUUUUUCUAAAAAUUGCAUCCUGUAUUGCAAAUGGUAAACCAGAAAUCAGAUGCUUUGGAAAAGAAAAUACAAAAGCUAGCAAGACCCACUGUAAUCUCCAUGCUGCUUCUUGCCUUUUGUGUCUUCCUUUCCUUCUCACCUUUGGGGAAAAAAACACUAUCCAUAUCUGUGCUUGCAGAAGAAAACAAGACACUGACAAAAUGACGUUGGCCUAAUGAAGGUUACAAUGCAAGACCAGAUCUGGAAUAGUCACAAAUCUUAUGUGCCACAGCACAAAGCCCAGAGCUGUUCAGUAUUUAGAGAGGGCUUGCUGCUGCAGGGGCUUGUCUGUUUAAUUAAUCUGUUUAAUUAAUGGUGUGGGGUGAGACUUUUAACUCGAAAAAUGUAAAAAGUAUUAAAUGUAUCCUUCCCCUUUCCUCUGCAUCUUCCCUGUAGCAGUUGAAAUAGCAGAGUCACAGGAGGCAGAUGUAGUGGUGAAGCCCUAUAAGGAUUGACAUAGCAGGGAAAAAUAAACCAUAUGCAUGAGGAAAGCCAGUGAGUAGCCCCAUGUGUGCCAGAUUUCUGGUCUGUUAUAUUAUAUGCCUCAUUCCAAGCCCUGCCUGCAGUGAGAUAGAGGCUAAGAGAAAGGCAUGACAAAAUGUUUGGCAUCUGCAUUCAGAGGCCUGUGGAAAACUCUGCUCUUAAAGAGAUUCUGUGUUUGUCCAUGGUGGACAACUAUGUUCAAAUCAGUAUAUUGCUGUAAAUUCUCUCCUUGCUGUAGGACUCAGUAGUUGGUUUCCCUGCAGGCUGCCCUAUUCCUAGCAUUGCUGCUCUGCUUUGAGUUGGGUGCCUUCUAGUCAGAUCUUAAUACGGGCCUGGCCAGGUGCUGAAAGGAUGUACUUGGGCAGAAGGAAACAGAAGAAGAUGAAGGAGGAGUUGUAGAAGUCUUCCCCCAUCCCCCUAAUGAAGAUCUCUGCAAAUCAGGGGAAGAAGUUCAUAUUUUGCAUGAGGUCAAACUGAGGGGAAUUGUAACUGUAAUUCAUGUCUAUGAAGAGAUCUGGUUGAUUCCAGGAGAUAUUCACUCUUCAGGUUCCUGCUUUGAUUAUUAAUCAGUUUGGAGUCAUGCUUAAAAAUACAGGCUGUCUGUGGAAGAAUUAGUUUGGAAUAUUGAUUCCUAAACUCGAACUCGCUUCAGGAGUUAACCAUAUGUUACAGCUUGAUUAUGGACAACUUGUCUACUUGACAUGGGUCUGAGGAUAUUUUAAAAGGAAUGUAUGUGGUGUCUUGGAGCACAUGGAAGAGCGAAGUCAUCUAAUUUAAGAGACUGACUUGGGCAUUAUUUGAAAAUAUUCUGUAUUAGCAGAAGCUGAUUUUGCUGAGAAAGGGUUAAAAGAACACUGCUUAGCUCAGUGGGAAAGGCAAUUUCUUAGGUUAGAAGACAGACAGACCCUGGUUCUCCUGAGGGUGUCAGCCAAGUGUGUGGGCUGAAUGGGUUUUGGGAGGAGCUCCGCUCAGCUAAAUAUUGGAGGAAAAAAUAGUCUGAAGAUCAUGUUGCUCUUUAGAUUCUCUUUAAAUUCAUACCAAAAUAGGAUAGCAUCUUUAUCCUUUGCCACUUGUGUAGUCAUACCUGCAGCUUCUAAUGGGUUCUGUUGCCUGUAACUUUGAUGCUGCUCUAUGUUUUAGCUGUGUUUCCAUAUAUAAAGUCUGUCUAAAACCCCUGGCCAUCUAUAUUCUGUGCAUUGGAGGUUGGUACAGACCUCUCUGCCCUCUCUGUCUUGCCCCAGUUGCACCUGUGAAGUGUGAAGCCUCAGAGAUGAGGUGGGAGGAGCUUAUCUUAGGAAAGACAAGUCACUCUGGAAAGAACCUGCCCUUGGAAUUUUUGAAGUUGGUCCUUGCUUGCAGUGCUCAGCUUUUGUGAAGGAGAGUGCAUUCUCUUGGAGAUUUUCUCCCCAAGAGCAGGAAAAAGGGAGUUUUUCCCCUUGAGUUAACUCAGGGAAGCAAUACAAAUAAACACAAGGGAGCAUACAGUUUUUACAAGGAAGGGUAAGGUAAAAUUAAUGGAGGAGCCUAGGCUGAAGUUGCACAGGUUCUGAGUAACUGUGCAGAAUAGUUGUGCCUUAAGCUUGCAAGCUUUAUUUUUUUCCACAGUAGCUACUCAAUACAGACUAACACUUACUCUGGUUGAGUGCAUUCCCUUUCCUAUACCUACAGGGAAUACACCAUAGGCAUAUGCCUGCACAGAAGUACCUCAGCUAGCUGUGGGAGCACAGAGCUCGCUGUAGGUUGAUUUACCCAUUUACUCUGUAUCUCUACAGUAUGCUUCUGUGACAGCAGUCUAGACAUACCCAUAUUGGUAUAAGUCACCUUUAUGUAAGUCUAACUACACACACUAGGGCUUUUACUGCUAAUAAACUGUCUCUCUGUUUAAAGAUCAUAUCCUUAACCAAGAAAGUUGUAUCAUGCACACUGUUAAAAUUCUUAGACUUGAACCACACCUACAAAAUAUUGUGUGGAACAUUCAGUGAAAGCAUGCUUUCUUGUUUUGUGUCAUUUGAAAACUCGUUAGGCAACACAAUUAUUAGAAGUUUAUUAAAGGACUUUGAAGGUGGCCCUUUAAUGUAAAACUGACAAGUGAGAAUUCAUGUUGUAGGACUGCUUCAUGGCCGGUUCCAGUUUCCAUAGAAACAGUUAUGGCAGUAAAAGGCAGGUAAGUAAAAUGGAGUUUUCAAAAGCAGUCAGCAUUUUUUAGGUUUGCAUGAAAAGGUGUGUUUCCAUAGAAAUGCAGUACCUGAGAACAGAAAUUACCAAAGAAUCUUAAUAGUCUGUCCUAGCAAAACACAAGGUGAUUCCUUUUCUGAUGAGGAAAUGAAGGAACAACUGUACCUUCAGUUAGGUAAGAGAAGAGAUGAGGUUGCUUCGUGCCUCAGUUUCUCUCUUUUGUCACCUGGAGAUUGUACAGCUCCCCAUGUAGGGUAUAAGACUGAUUUUUUCUUAAUAUUAGUUAUUAAAAGCUUUUGAGCUCUGUCAAUGGGAGCUGUUAGGGAAGAUCUCUGUAGCUGUGUGGUUGAGGGUGAAGGGAUAGAUGCUGGAGUGGGACUUAGUUCUGAUUCAAGCCCCCCCUUUGCUAAUAGCUUUGUCUUUCUCUGCCUCUUCUUGCAUGCAUGUUGUUUUGCCAAUCUUGUCUUUUUGCUCUCCAGGUCCUAUGAGGCAAUGAUGUUCUCUCUGGUUUUAUUUGUAUAAAAUAUUUCUUUUCUGCACCCUUGUGACUUCUUAAAAAUAGAAUCCAGGUAAAUGUCUUCCCAGUGUUCUUGUCUUCAAAUGUUUUCAUUGGGAAUUUGUACCCGUGAGGGUUUGUAUUUUACACAAGCUACCUGGGAAAU